AUGUAUUUGAACCUUAGUUCCAAUUAUUUUGGAGAUAGCUCCAUCCCCGAAUUCCUUGGCUCUCUAACACACUUAAGAUACCUUGAUCUCCACAAUUGCGGUUUAAGUGGAGGAAAUAUUCCAAGUCAACUUGGGCUCCUUUCACAUUUACAAUAUCUCGACCUCUCGGGGAAUUUUGCUGAAGGAGCCAUACCUUAUCAGCUUGGAAAUCUCUCGCAAUUGCGGUAUCUUGAUCUCUCAGACAAUUGCUUUCUCGGGGGAGCAAUACCGCAUCAGCUUGGAAAUCUCUCGCAAUUGCGGUAUCUUGAUCUCUCAAGAAAUUAUUACUGUCUCAGGGGAGCAAUACCUUAUCAGCUUGGAAAUCUCUCGCAAUUGAGGUAUCUUGAUCUCUCAAGCAAUUACUAUCUUGGAGGAGCAAUACCUUAUCAGCUUGGAAAUCUCUCCCACUUGAAGUAUCUUGAUCUCUCAUAUAAUACUCUUAGCGGAGUAAUACCUUAUCAGCUUGGAAACCUCUCCCACUUGAAGUAUCUUGAUCUCUCACAUAAUACUCUUAGCGGAGUAAUACCUUAUCAACUUGGGAACCUUUCCAACUUGCAGAAUCUUCUUCUAUCCUCUGCAGGUACUCUCCAGAUUGAUCGAGAAAAUGGUGCUGCUGGACAUGAGUGGCUGUCUAGUCUCACUUCUUUGACCCGUCUAGAGCUGUCAAAUGUAACUGAUCUCAAAUAUUGUCACAAGUGGUUGCAGAUGAUUGCAAAGCUGCCCAACUUGAAAGAGCUAACUAUGUGGUACAAUGAUCUUUCAGAUGAGCAUAUCCUCUCCUUACCCUCAUUAAAAUUCAAUUCCUCUUCCUCUCUUUCUAAAUUAGAUUUCAGCAAGAAUGAUUUCCAGUCAUCUACAGUAUUCCAUUGGAUCUUAAAUAUCAGCACCAAUCUUGUUGAUCUUAGUCUUGAGUGGAACAACCUAAAGGGUCCCAUUCCUCGUGAAUUUGCUACUACGAUGAAUUCUCUUGAGAAUCUAGACCUUAGUUACAAUAAAAUCAAUGGGGGAUUAAAAUUCCUAGGGCAUAUAUGUACCUUGCGUUCUUUGUCCCUAACUAGAAAUCUCUUGAGUGAAGAACUUUCAACCAUUCUUGAAUCUUUUUCUAGUUGUGCCCAGUGUUCUUUGCAAUACUUGGACUUGAGCUAUAAUCAAAUCACCGGCACACUGGUAAACCUUGCCACAUUCUCAUCUUUAAAGAAUUUUGACGUUUCAAGGAACCUGUUGAAUGGGACAAUACCCAAAGAUUAUCGAUUUCCCUCUUCACUGGUGUCUUUGGAUAUUAGUUCCAACUCCUUGAAAGGCAUUCUCACAAACUCGCAUCUUGCCAGUAUGCACAACCUGAAAGUUUUAGACCUAUCUGAUAACUCAUUGACUCUGAGAUUCAGUCAUAAUUGGGUCCCUCCAUUUCAAUUACAAGCCAUCUAUGUGAGGUCAUGCAAGUUGGGUCCUGAUUUUCCAGAAUGGUUGCAAACUCAAAAUAAUUUCACGGAACUUGACAUUUCAAAUAAUGGAAUUUCAGGCAAUAUUCCAGAGUGGUUUUGGGGUUUGUUGACACCACAGCUUACAAACUUGAAUGUUUCAUGCAACAACAUUUCUGGUUCAUUGCCAAAUCUUGCCAUUGAAUUUGGUGAAUACCCUUCUAUAUCUCUAGCUUCGAAUCACUUCAAAGGCUCACUUCCAAAAUUUCUACAAAAUACAAUGGCCCUUGAUGUGUCACAUAAUAGUUUUUCAGAACUUCACACAUUUUUGUGUGCAAACGGGUCAAGUCAAGGAUUGAUAGUAUUAGACCUUUCUGAUAAUCAAUUAUAUGGACAACUUCCUGAUUGUUGGAGUCAUUUCAAAUCAUUAACGUUUUUAGACUUGAGUAACAACAAUUUCUCUGGAGAACUUCCUAUUUCUGUUGGUUCUCUACAAAGUCUUGAAGUAUUAAUCUUGAGAAAUAAUGGUUUGACCGGAGAAUUGCUCGUUACUUUGAGGAAUUGCUCAUAUUUAGCACUUCUUGAUGCAGCAGAAAACAAGUUCUUUGGACAUAUACCUUCACUGAUUGAGAAUGAUGGAUUGCAAGAAUUGAAAAUUUUAAUCUUACGAAAUAAUAACAUUUCUGGAAGCUUGUCCACUCAUCUUUGUUAUUUAUCGAACCUUCACUUUUUAGACCUCUCUUGGAACAUUCUAUCUGGACAAAUCCCCAAAUGCUUCAAAAAAUUCACACAAAUGGCUCUAGGGAGUGCAGAUGACUCUGGUAUUCAUUUGGUUGAAAUUGGUGAUUCCGAUAGAAGAGCUUAUGCUAGAUAUGAUCCAAUUGCAAUGUUGAUGUGGAAACACCAAGAACGUAUAUUUAAGCAUCACAUAUUGGUUACAGGUCUUGAUCUUUCAAGCAACAAGUUAAGUGGAAAAAUUCCACGAGAGUUGGGAAUGUUAGCUGGGCUAAUAUCAUUAAAUUUAUCAAGAAAUCAAUUAGAUGGAGAAAUUCCUUCAGAGAUUGGACGUUUAACAUCAUUAGAGUCUCUUGAUUUGUCCAAAAACCAUCUCUUUGGUUCAAUUCCUUCUAGUUUUGCUCAGCUUAAUUAUCUUGCAGUGUUAGACUUGUCAUCUAACAACCUUUCUGGAAAAAUUCCAACUAGCACACAAUUGCAAAGUUUUGAUAACUCGAGUUAUGAAGAAAAUCUUGGCCUAUGUGGAGAACCACUUGAGAUAAAGUGUCCUGGGGAGGAAGGAUCUCAAGAAUCAGUUAAGCUCCAAGAAAAUAAUGAUUCAAUUCUUUCUAAGGAGUUUUAUUGCAGUAUGGGGUUUGGAUUUGUUGUUGGAUUUUGGGGAAUUUUUGGGCCAAUACUUUUUAAUCGCUCCUGGAGGCACACGUACUUCAAGUUUCUCAACAAUUUGACUGAUUCUAUCUAUGUUAUGGUUGUAAUAAAUGUGACAAAGUGCAAUAGGUGGCUCAGAGGAGAAGCUACAGUGAACAUCUUCAAGCUCAGUGGCUGGGCUACAUGUAGAGCAGGUGACAUGAUGGGUUAA